AGUAACAUACACCCUGGAAAACUACAAAGAAUUGUUUUCAAUAAACAGCACUACAGGAGUCCUCUCCUUAAUGAAUGAUAAUAAGACGCUGGAUUACGAGAGUCAGCAGACAUAUGUAUUGUCACUGACAGCCAAAGAUGAUGGUGACCCUCCUCUGUCAGGGGAGGCUACUGUGGAGGUACACCUGACUGAUGUAGAUGACACCUGUCCGGUCUUCACGAGGCCUGUGUAUACAGUGGCUAUUAAAGAAAACAAAACAUACCCCAGCAUCCUGCAGGUAACGUAUUACAAAGUACUGAUGUCAAACAGGUAAUAA